ACCACCACCACCUCCUCCUCCUCCUCUUUUCCCGAUGUAUAAAGAAAUAGAGCCACAAAGGAAAAGUAAUUUGUACUUUGUCCAUGCACUUAGUGAGCAAGAUUGGGCGACAAAAAAACUGCGUGGAUUUAGCGAUGUUCGUCUCUUAUUUCAAUGCCUUAACUCGUCCUUCUUCAGCUAUGUUGAAUCAAAAGAACAUGGCAUACCCCUACCACGUUUUUAUAUUGCAAAAAAUAGAACUUUGUUGCACCAAGCAAAAUCAGAUCCUAAUGGAGCUUUAGCUAUUCUUUACAAUGCUCAAUUGACACCCAAGCAAGACACUACUGCUAAAAACCUUUAUCAACUUCAAGCCACAGUUGUAUUGUGUGAACCAGUGGGUGAAACGCAUAAUUUUGACGAUUCUUCUAUGGACAAAAGUCGUGAAUACGAGUUUUGCCCAAAGGCAUGGGCAAAACUAAAAGUGCAACAUAUAGUACAUAAUGUGAGUGCUGUCAUUGAUGCUGAUAUAGAUCGAAAUUAUUUCAAAAAAGCGUACAGUACGUUUCGGUUGUCAACAAAGAUUCCUGCAGAUCCUAAAAAGAUUGGCAACAAUGAAAUUGCAAAGCAGUUUGCUCGAUCAAUUUUAGAGCCUGUGUCUUCAAAGCCGUUAGUAACAAAACCGGCAUCAUCAAUUAACACAAAAGAAGUAACUGCUUCUUCUUCCUCUAAAGAACUGCCAGCAAAUAAAGAAUCACAAGCAUCUGAGAAGACCAUACCUACUACGCCAGCCACAGCUCACUCAAAAGUAAAGACUUCGGUCGUUGAAGUACAAAAAGAUGUCAGACCACCUACACCCAUUGCAGCGCUUUCAAAGAUAAAGACUCCUGUCGUUCAAGUGCAAAAGGACACUAAGUCACCUACGCCACCUACAGCUCAUUCAAAGCGAAAAUUUCCUGUUGCUGACGUACAAAAGGAUAUUAGGUCACCUACACCACCUACAACUCACAUAAGAUUAACAGUCCCUACCAUUGAAACAUCUGAAAAGGACAAGGGAACAAAGGGAGUAACUACAGCGAAUCAAGAAGACCAGACAGUAGCUAUGCUAGACAAAAUAUUGACACAUACGAAGAAUACCAUAGAAAAAUCUACAGAAAAAAAUGCAAUACAAGAAGCUUCUGCUAGAAAAGAACCAUCAGACAGCCACAACUUAACCAUCAAGAUUCCUUCGUCUGAAGUACAACAAUCUCGAUCAAAAUCAUCUACACCUACAAAAUCCUUGACUUCAAUUCGAUUAGUAUUAAAGCAGCCUAGUUCAGAAGCAGAAAACAGUAAGUCAGCAGCAAAGCAUCAACCACUAAACAAAACAACAAAGUUUGAUGAAGCUAGAAACAAAGAAUAUGACUCAGACAGCAAUUCUGCUUCUACAGCAUCUUAUGAGUACAGCGACGAAGAAAUACCUCGCCAUGUUAUAGAACUGUCCUCUGGUAAUGUUGAAGACACAAUACAACAAACUGCAAACAAACCUGCUGUUCUGUUUGAACGUUAUCUUGAAUAUAACUCAGAACAAACGACAGAGGCAUCCGCAUCCCAGCUUCAAGCCAGCGAGAAGCAAUAUUAUCUUGAAGCAUCCAAAAAGCUUUGGCAAAAAAUCAGAAGAUAUGCUAACGAAAAAGGCGUACCAGUUGUCAAUAUAGAUCAGUAUAAUAUCAAUACUUCCUCCAUCCCUAAUGCAGAAGGCUUCUUUAAGCAUGUCUUUUUCUUGAAUAACGACAGCCAAAAAGUGAUACAAACAUUCAAACGUAUGACCAUCACGCAGCGCACAACUGAAAUUGCAGGCUUGCUUGCACUUAAAAAUCUACCACAUAUGGGACAGAUUACAGAAGUAUUGCAGGAAAGCCAUGGCGAGAUUAUUGGGUUAUGCAUGCAACGUUAUCAAAAGACACUCAAACAAUACACACAUGCACAUUCACAUCAUCGAUUAACAGCCUAUCAAAAAAUGGAUUUAGUGAUUCAAAUGCUCGAAUGUAUUGAGACUAUACAUAGUAUAGGAUUAGCCCAUCGUGAUUUAUCAGAAGUCAACUUUAUGGUUAACGAGACUAAUACCAAGUUACGUGAUGGCAGUCCAAAAGCAGAGCUGUUCUUAAUUGACUAUGGCAAAUCAGCAUUUACUCGUGCUGAAGAUUACAGACGUUGGUGGGUAGAACAGCCUCGUCUUUCCAGUAAAGAGUAUGAUGGGGAGACAGUCCCAAGGACUAAAAAUGAAUUGGAUAUCUGGUGCCAGCGAUUACCUUGGAUGAAGUCUAAGCCUGAUCAUGGAUACCGGCUCUACCGCUCAAUUCAAACUUUGCCCAAGAGUCGCAUUGAUACAGAUGAUUUGUCUUGGUUAGUCAACCCACUAGCAGAAGAUUUGUAUUCACUUGGUACCCUCAUUUGGAAGACAUUUUCUGAAACAGAGCCUUGGUAUGGUAUUUUAGAUAGUGAUAUAAGAGCGCUACGAGAUACAGUAGGAGAUGAUUACCGUAUUCAAAAAACCCUUGAACGAGAAGUACCUGGCAAACUGAGUCGGGAAUUGCUUUCCAAUUUCCUCAAAGUACAUCCAGAGCAAAGAAAACCAGCAUCUCAAGUUUUAUCUUGGCUAAGAGACAUCAAUGUGCAAAAUGGAUUGAUUGCUGAAUGGGAGAGUUAUGCCCCAGUGAGAAGACAAAAGAGACAUGCAAAAUCGCUAUCUAGAUAUGACGAUCAAAAAGAACAUAUGUGGAUUCCCAGAAAAAAGAACAGAAGUUGAGCCGUUCCGCUUCUAGACUAAUAAAAAUUUAUUAUUCAUUAAA